CGACGAUGACCCACUCGCAGCCCUCAUGACCACUUUCAAGCAUCUUUACAUGAGCGAAUCCAGAGAUAUCAGGUAUAAAAUGGGACAUCAACUUCAGUCCAUGUUACUCCAGUGCUCGAUCAACGGCAGAAAAUGUUCUAGUAGACACUUCACGACGUUUCAGUCUGAAAGCUAUGGAAACUGCUUUACACUCCAAAUAAACGAGUCUAUAAUCGACGAGCCGGGCGUUGACACCGGUAUGCAGAUGAUCCUAUUCCUGGAGACCCCUGAGUACAUACAUGGGAUCACAGACGGAAAUGGUGCCCGGGUAGUCAUACACGAGCCGGAUACUAUUCCCCACCCUACGCAAGAGGGCUUCUUUGUACCCGCCGCGUUCGAAACAAGCAUCGGACUCAAAUUGGUAUCGGUGACAAGACUGGGAAAGCCUUUCGGAACCUGUACCGAUCAAGACAUUUUUUUCCAGGAACACGGCGUCAAAUACACAUUCCAGACCUGUCUCUGGAUGUGUAAGGCCAGAAAGGUGAUCGAAGUCUGUAACUGUUUGAGUUCGCGGUCAUAUGAUAACCUCCUCAGGACAAAAAUCUCUACUGACGUCAAGCUGUGUGAGACCAAAAAAGAGAGAAAAUGUGCCAGGAAAUUCGCCGAAAAGGUCCGGUCAAAAACACUGCAAUGUGACUGUCCUCAAGCCUGCAAGGAGAACAAAUACACCAAGUUUAUCAGUACUCACCAGUACCCAUCCAGCGAUUACGUUUAUAUGCUGUUAAAGGGUGUGUGUGAACGAAACAGACGGCACUGUGUUGAGCUGAAGGAACAAGUAAAUGAACCACGUUUGUUAAGCCUGAACUUCCUGAAGCUGGUUAUUUAUUAUGAGGAGCUAAACUACGAACACAUCAAAGAGACGCCAGAAAUUGAGGAUGCCCAGUUCCUGUCGGAUGUGGGCGGGGCCCUUGGACUGUGGAUAGGUCUUUCCCUGCUCAGUGUAUUCGAGGUCAUUCAGCUUAUUGUGGAAAUGGGGAGUUUGCUACUGUUAAGACCGACGGCUAUACGACCACGUAAACAGUCUUGCAAAUAGCUUGUUACUGUUUAAUUUGAUCGUCUGAAGAACGCCCAUUGAAAGGGCUGUCGGAAAUAGCAGACCAAAGGCGGCGAAGCAGUCCUAUAAAGGGAUGGAUGUUGGGGAGUUGUGUGAAUGGGAGUUAUGUAAGGAGUUGGUAUGUUGGGGAGUUGUGUGAAUGAGAGUUAUUUAAGGAGUUGGUAUGUUGGGGAGUUGUGUGAAUGGGAGUUAUGUAAGGAGUUGGUAUGUCGGGGAGUUGUGUGAAUGGGAGUUAUGUAAGGAGUUGGUAUGUUGGGGUGUUGUGUGAAUGGGAGUUAUGUAAGGAGUUGGUAUGUUGGGGCGUUGUGUGAAUGGGAGUUAUGUAAGGAGUUGGUAUGUCGGGGAGUUGUGUGAAUGGGAGUUAUGUAAGGAGUUGGUAUGUUGAGGAGUUGUUAUGUAAGGAGUUGGCAUGUUGGGAGGAGUUGGCAUUGGAUGGCAAACUAUGGCCCCAGAAAAAAUGGUCCAUUUUGAAAUCGGGGAGGCUAACAACUUCACUCAGUCGGAACGGUUUGAGGGUGGGGUGCGUUGAUAGAUAUUUGUUGCUAGCCCGAGUUUCCUUUUGCCCUAACACUAGACUUAGACAUGUUGACAUGUAGAUGUCUGGUUUGGGGCCCCAUACCAGACAUAUCUAUAUGUCAAAAUGUUUAAGCUUUGUGUUAGGGCCAGAGGAAACUCGGGCUAAUAUGUUGCUAGAUGGGAUUUUGGAUUGGGAUAUACUGGGGUUGGAGGUUGGGGUCCGGGGAGGGGCAAAUACAUGUAUAUAAGUACCAUUAAGUGUUCAAAGGGAAGUAUGGCAUUUUGUAAUUAAUAGUCAUGUGUAGUCAUGUAUACAUGUAGUGUAUCUCUAUAUUCAAAUACUAAUGCGAGAUAUCGGACAAGAAACAAGCAUACAAUACUACUGUGUCAUCAACUUUUUUGUACUUUUCCAAUGUGUAAUCAAUUUUUGCCCGUAUACUAUUUUACACGUCAUCUAUAUAUAUUAACCGAAUCCAAAUAGCUGUAAAUAUUGCACUAUAUAGUGUCGACUUCUUUCGGGGAGGAUAUUAACGUCACAGUGAAGUAGUACAUAGCCUGAAGUAAAUUGUGUCUGUUUCGCUGGAUUCCGUGUAGUUGGCUUUUGUACUUAUAAAAUAGAUUUUUUAUAACGAUUCAUCGUGUUAUUUGUUUUAUAAUAUAAAUAGA